ACACAACACGAGAUAAAUGUCCUCGCGUUGAAAUGUCUUCUAAAAUUACAUUCUAAUAUCUAUAUUACUUCACAUAAUGUCUCCUGCUCGAGUUUUCGAACCUACCCACAAAGAUAAUGACCUUCAGACACUGACUUCCGCACUGGAUGCGUUGUUGGUGACUGUCCACCAGUUAAGCUUGAGGGAGCAAGAGCUUCAACGAAGAGUCAGACUUGCUCAUGACGAGUAUAGGAAACUAGCCGAUCGAGUGGAAGGAGGCCUCACCAAUGUAGAACAAAGUGUAUUGGAACAAAUUCGUCCAACCGACUCUCAACCUCUCCCGAAACUAGACCCAUCGCUAAAACCUUUAGACGUCGUUGAUAACCUCCAAGAACACGGACAUAUCCAGCGUCAAUUACUUGAUGUCGUAGUAGCGGGUAUCAUAUCCUCGCGAUCAUUUGACGGAGAUGUUCGUACAGAUGACAAUGCGAGUCUUGAGGUCACGUCGAAUAAUCCCUGCGUAGUGGCCGCCAAGGCUCGACGUUCGUCUCUGUUUGAACGCGAUUUUACAACUUCUAAUGGUGUAAAGGGGAGUCUUCGCUGUCCUUAUGCAAAGCCCUCUCAGGCAACUACGAAUGGACAUGUGAAUGGCACGGCUUUGACAACGGUCAACAAUAUAGAUGGGCAGAGCAGUAAUACUAAAUGCGCUUUUGAUCCUAUCAAAGCUGAUCAAAGCACUACUGCGCAAGACCGCGCCUCCAACACAGGCGCCUCUGCUAGAUCCUCUGCGGCUCGUUGUCCAAUCCGAUACAUGGAUGACCAUUCACCGGAAGAACUAGCCAAAUAUUUCGAGAUGCACAAACAUGAAAUUCCUAGAAGUCAUGCAAUCUGUGUUUCUCGGUUCCAGAGGAAUCAAUCUACCAUGCGUCAGAUUGACGCCAAGUACGGCAGUCUGGUAAAUAUGAUUCAAGGCCUUGGUGAGAGACAUAAACCACUUCUCCCCGAGUCAGGACAGAACGGUAGUUCAGUGGAACGUGUUGAGAAAUGGGCGGAAGACGUCAGCUCCAAGUCACCACAUCCAGCAACAUUGAGCACAGUGGAAGAGGACGAGGUGCUUGGAGACAGAGUGGCAGGUGAUGAGGAGGAUAGAGUGGGCCACUUUGAGCGUCCUUUACGAGAAAUCCGGGUUGGCGAGUCGCCUAGUCGUCCCUGGGGUAUUCCUGUUCCGAUCUUGAAUCAUAAUCAGCCUGCUUUGGGCAGUGCUAUCAACAGUCCUGCUGCACCUAUUCAUGUUCCGGAAUUGAAGACGCCAAAGCUGACUAACUCGGACAUACCUUCUGCUGUAGUGCAGCUCCAUGAUACUACUUCACCUACACCGGUCCGACCAAAGGGUAAAUGCCCAUUUGAUCAUACAGCAUUCAUGAAGAAGCCCGAACCUACAGCUGAUGCUACUUUGAAGGAGGCGGGCUCUCCUAUGUAUCAGCAGCAUAUGAACAGCAAUGCGAGAGCCCAGGAGGACAAGGUCGAUAACGCCUAUACAGAGCCAAAGGUACAAACAUCAGCGCCUCCGCCUCCAUCUGCACCAGCCUCAAACAACCCAUCACAGAUGGUCUUCAACGGUCCUGUAUUUUUCGGAUAUUCAGCCGAAGAAACAGCGGUGUUGAUGCAACAGCUGAGUUCCGGGAAGUGAUUCUUCUUAUCUAUAUACCUACAUAUUUAUUUUGUAUAUACCUUUACGAGACAUGACUUGAGCAAUUAUUGUUUUCGAGCGAGCGUUGGUUUCUUUACAUACUAUGAAUACUCCUAAUAUUGUUCUCUAUCAGAGUUAUUUCUUCACAAACCAUGACUCGUAGUAGUAGCCGAUACCGGAAGAGACGAUAUUCAGCUUCAAGGUUGAUCAAGUCAACAAAUAUUUUCUCAGACC